AUCACGUUAACUUCGAUUUUGACAACCACCCGCCCACCCCAUUUUCCUUCAUUUAUGAGCAUUUAUGUUAUUUUAUUGUUCGCACUUUACAUCUACGCAGUAUUUUUGGACGAAGAGGAAGAUUGAGUAAGCAAUAUCCUUCAACUCGAUAAAAAAAGGAAACGGCUCGUUUUGGAAUGAAGAAUAGACAGAAAUUAACAGUUUCAGAGAAAAAUUUGGCGAAAACAAAGUGUGAUUCAGAAACUGACGGUUGUCUGGACAUAAGAGUCAGGAGAAAAAUUUCCAGUAACCCACUGCUGCAGAAAAACAUAAAUUUUCUUCAGGCCUACAACAAUCUCUUUCGAAAACCGUCUUGCAACCAAAUAGGCGACGCAGACUCCUACUUUAGACAAACUCUUAGAACCGAGCAAUUUGAUUUGAUUCGGGAUCUGAACUUGAGCCACUUGGUGAGAUCAGCGAGGUCCUUCGAAGGAUUGAAUAAGAGGAAACCCCGAUCGAAAAGAACCCUACCGUCUGCGAAAAAAACUCCGGAACACCAUCACGACCUACCCCCAUUCUUGGACAGUUACGAACACGUCGAAGAAAAGGAGCUUCAUCUGAAGGAGCUUUUCGUGCCGGACAUAAAAGAGAGCGACAGCGAAAACGACGAAAACGACUACUAUUCUCCGUUAAACGAGCUAGAGGAAGUUGAAGAGGUUCCCGACGAAGGGGAGGGUUCUGUUACAGAAGAUAAGCAACUCGAAAAGGUUUGGGAGGAUAUCCACAAACUUGAAGAAACUGAGGAGUUUACUCGGGCUGAAGAAGACGCCGAAAAAGAGGUUUGGGAAGUUAGCGUAGUUGAGGAGGAUUUGUUUCAGCAAGACUACUACAAAGAGGAGCUCAACGACAAAACAAUGGCCGAAGAUGAAAUCACGUUCGACGAGGAGGAAGAAGAGUAUCCAGAUGAGUUUCUAAAUGAUCCCGACUUGGAAGAAGAAAUGAACACUUUUGCUUCGGAGGGAGAAGAAGAAGAUGAAAUGAGAGAGGUCGAAAAAAUGAUAGAAAGGGCCUCCAAAGAACUCCAGCAGGUAGUCGAGGAGAACAGGGAUUUGAUGCAAACCUUGAACGAGGAAGAAGGUAUGGGAGAGGAAGAAGAGGUGACGGGAGAAGAGGAAACUAAGAAAGAGGAAGCAGAAGUAAAAGAGGGUGCCACUGACAAGUCUGGCGGGGGAGAAGGUGGCUCCGUUUUCAAAUAUGAUGCAACCAUAGACAGCGCAGUGCUGAAAGAAUUGGAGGAUGCUGAAAAACAAGCGAAGGAGACUGCUAAAAUCAUCGAAGAGCUGAAAAACAGAGUGAUGGAGUUGUCGAAGAAGGAGCGAAUGACGGAAGAAGAGGCGAAAGAGCUGGAAGAGAAAAACCAACAGUUGAGAGCGCAGAUGAUGGUUUUCGAAGAGAAAACGAAAAGGAUCCAGCAACUUUUAGGUCAGACUAAUCUUUUUGAGGAUAUGGCAACGAUAAAACCUGCAUUGCAGAAGAAGCAUACGGAAGAUAUAUUGCCCAAAGUUAUCGUGUGUGGACUGACCGAAGAAAAUAUACCCAAGAUAUUGAUUUGCAAUAACAGUAAGAAAUGUACACCAAAAUCGACCGCAGAUAAACCCGUUGAUUCUCCGAGGACUGAGAUUGCGAAAAAGCUGAACGAAUGUUAUUGUAUGCAGGAAAAAUUAGCGGCAGAAAACGCGGAUUUGGAAGGAAAACGGUACAAACUGCAAUCGGAUCUUGUUAACAAGGAUCAAACGGUAGAAUAUUUGCAACGGCAACUUGGCAGUCUCCAAACCGAAUUACGUAUGGUCUGUAAAGAAAAUUGUACACUCAACGAAAAAUUGCAGAGCAUGUCAGCCCCCACUUGCGGACAUAUAAAGAGUCGCCCCUCAUCACCUAAUCAGAAGCAAAAAAUGCCUUGCGGAAAAGGAAGAGGUGUCUGUCCCGCAGACGUGGAAGCACGUUUGCAAGAAUACUCUGAAAAUACUCAAAAUUUAGAAAAGCAACUGGGAGAUAUGGAAGCGGAAGUUAAGGGCAUGCACCAAGAAUUAUUAGCGGUUCAAAAAGAACGGGAGCAUUUAGAACACCACAGAAAGAUGUUGUGCCAACCACCACCUCCUUGUCCGAUGACGCCCUGUCUUCCUCAUCCUUGCAUGCCGGCACCCUGUGAACCCAAGCCGCCCUGUUCGGAUCCCCAACUGAGAGAACUGAAAGAACAAUAUAAUAGGCUUCAAGACGACUUCAAGAGUAAACUGACCGAAGUCGGUGGAUUAAGAGCGGACAAUGAAAAGCUGAAGGAGAAAACGAAACAGGCUGAGGAAGCGAAGAAAAGUGCCGAAGAAAAAUUAAAGGAACUAGAAACUGAGUUGAAACGCCUCAAGGGAAAAGGAGGAAAGGGAACAAAUUCUAAGGAACAAAUGAUAGAACUGGAACAACAGCUGAACGUAGCUAAGCAGAGGUUCAGGGAAGCGCAAGACGAACUGGAAGAGCUUAGAUCCCUAGUCGAAGACCAGCAGAAGCAGCUCGAUGAUUACAGAAAUAAAUACUUGGAGGCUCAGCAACGAGUCGAAGAACAGUGCAGACAAAUUGACCUGAUGGAGAUGGACUACCAGCGGAUAAGUGAGCAGGUCAAUUUGGAAAUUCAAAGAGUGAAGAACCAGUUUCAGGAAAAGUUGCAGGAGUUGAUGCCACUGCCGGACAUUCUCAAGUCGACCCAGAUGAAGUUGCAAGAGGCGCAGCAGAUGCAUUUGCUGGCCGAGAGGAAUAACGAGGCUAUCGCUAAAGAAUUGCAAUUAUAUAAGGACAAGAUAUCGGCAAUGACGAGCCAAAUGGACGAAGUCCGCAGCGACCAGCAACUAGGAGAGGACAAAAAAGCGUCGCUGCAAUCGAAAAUCGAAGAACAGGAAGCCCAGCUGAAGGAGAUGCAAGAAGAAAAUGACAAGCUGAAGAAUGACCUGCAGGACCUUCAAGAAAAAUCCGACGAAUUCGAACGAACCGCAGAAUCGAGAAUGCACGAAAUUGUUCAGCUAAGUAGCCAGCUGGAGAGCGUACGCGAAGAAACUGCCAGGCAAAUAGCUCGAACCAAAGACCGGUGCGAAAUCGUACGGCGAUCCAUGCAGAACCAAAUUUCAGACCUGGAGAGGCAGCUGGCGCAAAGCAGAGCCAUGGCGAAGGCCGCGCAGAAAGACAGAGACGACAUUAGACAAAAAAUGCAAGCCCAAAUCAAUAAUCUGAACGAGAAUUUCGAGGACGCGCAGAUGAGGAUAAGAAACCUUCAAGGGCACGUCAACUUCCUCAAGAACUCUUACGGUAAUGUCUAUCCUGAGAAGAGUGAAGUGCCUCCCAGUGCAUUGCCGGAUCCCUGCGACUGCAGCGCCGAUUAUUAAUGUUUGAGGUGGCGAGCUGUCUAAAAGUGGAACUGGAGUCGUAUUUAUAUACAGUUUUUUAUUUUUAUCUGGUACAGAAUAAACAUUUUACAUUUUAAAUUUACAUUUCAUAUGUUCACGUGCAAAGUAACAGUGAUAAAUACCAUAUUUCAAA